ACUGUGGAGUUCGAUAAAAAACUAGAGCUGUCGCGCGAGAGAAUUCUAUCUGAAGAAUAGAACGAAACGAUAGCGUUUUGGGGGCAGUAAAGUUCUUUCCUCUAGGUUUAAACCGUUUAAUCAUCUCUCUCUCUAGUUAACGAGUGGCUCUUUGGCGACUCACUGAGUGUGGAGUUCAAACCUUUCACGACAAAGAAAAGGUUUGGUCAUCAUGACGGAGUAUAAGGAGGAACAAGAGAUGGAGAUUGAAGCUCUUGAAUCUAUACUUGCUCAUGACUUCAAAGAGAUUCAUUCUAGUGAAAGUGGGCUUAACACUUCGAACCGAUGCUUUCAGAUUACAGUCACUCCUCAGGAUGAUGAUCUAGAGGAGUCAUCAAUCCCACCAGUUCAGCUGGGUUUGGUUUUCUCUCACACUGACAAUUAUCCUGAUGAGGUUCCACUUUUGGAUGUUAAAAGUAUUCGAGGAAUCCAUGUUAGUGAUCUCACCAUCUUGAAAGAGAAGCUUGAACAAGAGGCAACAGAAAAUCUUGGAAUGGCCAUGAUGUAUACAUUGGUCUCAUCAGCAAAGGACUGGUUGUCCGAGCACUAUGGGCAAGAUGAUGGAUCUGACUAUGCCGAAGAAGAAACUGCCAAAGAGGAUGAGGUAAUUAUUCCACAUGGAGAACCUGUUACGCUGGAGACAUUUGUGGCAUGGAGAGAGAGAUAUGAGGCAGAGCUUGCACUUGAGCGAGCCAAGCUGAUGCCGGAGUCUGCUCUCACGGCACCUAAGGAGAAGAAGCUUACAGGAAGACAGUGGUUUGAGAGUGGCAAAGCGAGAGGAACAGUGGUCGCUGCUGAUCAAGAAUCUGAGGAGGAGGAAGAUGAUGAAGACAUUGACUUUGAAGACGAAGACUUUGAAGAUGAUGAAGAAGACAUGCUUGAGCACUACUUGGCGGAGAAAUCUGAUGCAAGGGCCUGAAGCUAGGGAGCUUUACAUAGUGAUUUAUUUUAAAGCCUUUUUCUGGAUAGAGACGAGGAUGACCAUUUCUGGAUAGAGAUGAGGAUGACCUUUCAUUGAGCAGCAUUCAAUUCCAAGCUUUGAUAUGCUCAAGAGUCAAGACUAUACCUUCACAGUCUGUCAUUUAUAAAAAUACCACUUAGAUUUUGUAACUUUUUUUUAAUACUAGUAUCAGCACAAAGCAGUUGUCUCAGAUCAAAUCUCAAAAGACUGAAUAGUUGAAUCUUAUUUAGAAACCCCUUUGUUGAA